AUGGCCGCGCCAAACAAGUCUUCGUCGAGAUGGGGCUCGUUUCUGUCGCAGGCCGUUGCGGGCGUCGAGUCUCGCCUCGACAAUAUACUCUCCGAGGAGGAAACAAGCAACAAUGCGCCGGGGACACAUCAGCAGCACAAGUCUCAUCCGCAGAUAAAGGCACCGACUCAAGCGAGCGCUGUGCCUGCGGCGGCCAAGAUUACGCCCAAUGCCUCGCGCUCCUCAUCGAAUAAUCGCGCCAAUGAUAGACUGCAAGCUAGGCUAGCCAAGGCCAUGGCUGGCAAAUCGUCGCAGAACGGAGGCUCUCCGCGUAGUUCCGUCGACAAUGCGAGCCGACCGUCUGUGGAGCGAAAGUCUACCGACUCGAGAGUUGCGGAGAAAGAAGAUGUUGUGUCAGAGUUUCCUGCUACUGAGCCAGAGAAGGACAUUCUAGCAUCGACAUUGACAGAGGAGACUAAGCCUACAGAGAUUGUUGAGUCUAUAACUGAGACGACUGCUGAUGGGAAACCGCCAUCUGAUGAUACAAGACUCGACAACACUGUUGCUGCAACAGACUCGCAAGCGGGGACAGCGGCUGAGUCUACGGUCGACACUUGUGACAUAGACGGUUUUGCAGCUAUGGAUGCGACAAAAGAAGAAGCCACAGUUUCACUUAAAGAGGUGGAACGUUUAAAGGCUAGCCAUCAGCAAGAAGUUCAAGAAUACGUGGAACGAAUCGAUUCGCUAGAGUCUAAGCUGCAAUAUCUGGCCAAGUCGGCUGCUGAGACUGCUCAAAAGGCCGCAAAUGCCGCGCCUUCUGGCAGCAUGGAAAGCAAGCUGGCUGGAAAAGACGAGAAAAUUGCCCUGCUCAUGGAAGAGGGGCAGAAGCUUGCGGCUGGAGAACAAAAAUAUCGAACCAUAAUUAAGAAGCUGCGCCAGCAAAUCACUGAUUCGGAGAAGCAGAAUGAGGAGCUCAAGAAGACUAAGGAUAAAGCUUUCGCCGAUGCUGAGGCCCUGCGCACGCGGCUUGACAGUAAUGAAGAGCAGGAAAAGCAGCAGGAACUAAUGCGCAGGGCAACCGCCGGCCUACAAAAAGAGCUUGACAGCCUAAAGAAGGAAAAGACGGCACGGGAUCACACGAUACGCAACCUUGAGCGCGAACUUAAGACAAAGACUGAAGAAGCAAGCAAAGCUGCGGCUCUCAGCAAUGAUCUCGCUACUGAGCGGGAGAAACUGAAGACUCGGGAAGAGAGCUUUAUGAUCUUGCGCGCCGAAAAGGACGCCCUAGAAGAAAAAGCCAGACAAGACGGCAUUGAGUGGAGCGAAAAGCUCGACCGCGCAGUUGCGCGUGGACGCACUGCGCAGAAUGAGCUGCGUGUCGAGAUGAAGGCUAUGGAGGCAAAGCUCGAGCUCAUGCGGACGCAGGCCGAAGAGGCGACGUCAGGUUCCGGUGGCGAAGUGCAGGUCAAGCUGCUCCGGCAGAUUGAGACUCUACAAUCGCAGUACGCGUCUGCAAGCAACAACUGGCAGUCGAUGGAGUCGUCACUGCUAGCCAAGGUGUCAAAUUUAGAAAAGGAAAGGGACGAGGCACGUAAGCGUGAAUCCGAAAUGCGCAAGAAGGCGCGUGACUCGACUACGCGGGCCAGAACGCUCGACGAAGAGCUACAGGAUGUCCAGCCUGCUUUGACCAGGGCUAGAGACCAGCUCGAGAAGACUCGUGACGAGCUCUCCGCGCUCAAGAUGUCAUCCAAGGCUACUGAAGCGGCCCUCGAUCAAGCUCGCUCUGACCUUGAGAGGGAGCAGCGCUCUAAAAGCCGCGACUUGGCCGCGCAGCAAACUGAAUGGACAGAAGAGGCCGUCCGUGGGGACAAGAUGAACAGCCGGCCCCAGUCGCCUGUCCCCGACUACAUUUCCCGCACUUUUAGCACUGAUCUCGCCAGUCUCGGCGGCUUACCCCUCUCGCUCCGUCAUCGCUCGACACCACUAUCAGGCAGCAUCCCCGACACGGAUGCACGUCCGCGCUCACAACGACCGUCAGCGCAGCCAUCUCUCCGUCUGUCGUCGGCAAGCCCGAACCCCGGCGCGCCGCCGCCGAUUUUCUCGGCCUUUCAGCAAUCCGGCGAGCUCGGCAGCCACCAUGCGCUCUCCCCGCCCGCCGUGGAGGAGGAUGCGGACAACGGCGGCCUGCUGGGCAUCGACGACGCCGUCCCCUCCUCCCCGCGUCGGCCGGCGGCGGCUCCGGACAUGAUUUCCAUGUCCACUGUCGCCGCGGGCCCCUCUGUUCAGCUUGUUGAGCGUAUGAGCGCGGCGAUUCGCCGGCUGGAGGCCGAAAAGGUAGCGGCCAAGGAGGAGAUGGCGCGCGUAUGCAACCAGCGCGAUGAGGCGCGUUCCGACAUGGUUGGCCUGAUGAAGGAGCUCGAGGACGCGAAGACGGCGUCAGCGCGCGUGCCAGAGCUGCAGGUGCAGGUGGAAAAACUUGACGCGCGCUACCAGACUACGCUGGAGAUGCUCGGCGAAAAGAGCGAGUUGGUGGAGGAGCUGCGCGCGGACGUACAGGAUGUCAAGGCUAUGUACCGCGAGCUCAUCGAGCAGACGAUGAAAUAG